CUGAACUGCAACUCCUCCGCCGACAACAGCCCAUCACUCGUACUCAACUCCGGCAGCCCACAAAGCAUACAAUCAAAAUCACCAGACAGCUUAGUCAACUUCCCCACGGCCCCACCGCCGCGGUUCAUCCCUCCUCCACCACCGCGGGAGCCACCAAGGGCAUUUUCGGUAUUUUCACCAUCAUCCACCGACGGCGCCAGCACACGCGACUGCUGUCCUCGUGCUUCCGAUUUUUCCGGCAUAGGAAAAGCAGCGCCUCCUCCACCACCACCGCCGCCGCCUACGGCGAGAUUCUGGGAGUACGCCCCACCAACUGGGCCGCCGGAGCUGGUGGCACCUUCCUCCAGGAAAGCUAUACAGAACGUGAAUGGGGAGAAGGGUAGUCUCGGUAUUUCACCCGAGAUUUUAAAAAAUGAAGAAAUAAUGAAGCCAAAGCUGAAGCCUUUGCAUUGGGAUAAAGUUAGAGCUUGUUCAGACAGAGCUAUGGUUUGGGAUCAGCUUAAAUCCAGUUCUUUUCAGCUCAACGAAGAAAUGAUCGAGACUCUAUUUAUGGUGAAUUCCACUAAUGCGAAUUCGAAAGACGGCGUACGACGUCAUAUAUUUCAAGAAUUGAACCAAGAAACCCUCGUACUCGACCCGAAGAAAUCCCAAAACAUUUCUAUUCUAUUGCGCGCUCUUAAUGUAACCGUCGACGAAGUUUGUGAAGCGCUUCUAGAAGGAAAUGCCGAUGCACUUGGUACGGAGCUACUAGAGAGUUUAAUAAAGAUGGCGCCGACUAAAGAGGAAGAGCGAAAAUUGAAGGAGUUCAAAGACGAAUCGCCGUUUAAGUUAGGUAGCGCGGAGGCGUUUCUCAAGGCGGUGCUCGAUAUUCCUUUCGCAUUUAAGAGGAUUGAUGCUAUGCUUUAUAUUGCCAAUUUCGAUUCGGAUGUUGAGCAUCUUAAGAGGUCUUUCGACACACUUGAGUCGGCUUGUAAAGAGCUGAAGAGCAGCAGAAUGUUCCGGAAGCUACUAGAAGCAGUCCUCAAAACCGGAAACCGAAUGAAUAUCGGCACCAACCGAGGAGACGCUCACGCCUUCAAGCUCGACACACUUCUCAAGCUCGUCGACGUAAAGGGCGCCGACGGAAAAACCACCCUUCUUCAUUUCGUUGUCCAAGAAAUCAUCAAAGUCGAAGGGUCCCGCGUAUCCAACCACAACCCAAACUCCGAAAAUACCCAAAAUACCCUCCGGGACGAGGUCGAGUUUCGAAAGCUAGGUCUUCAAGUAGUUUCCGGAUUGAGCGGAGAGCUCACGAAUGUGAAGAAAGCCGCCGCUAUGGAUGCGGAAGUUCUAACCAAUGACGUGGCGAAAUUAGCUAAAGGAAUUAGCAAGAUUGUCGAUGUUACGAAAUUGAACGAAUUAAUUGGAGGAGUUUUUUCCGAUUUUAUGAAGGAGUUCUUGAAGAAGGCGGAGAAUGAGAUUGCGAAUAUUCAAGCGAAAGAGGGUAUAGCACUCUCGAUGGUCAAAGGGUUGACCGAGUAUUUUCAUGGUGACUCGGGUUAUAAUAAAGAAGAAUCUCGUCCGUUGAGGUUGUUUUUGGUCGUUCGGGACUUUUUGUCUAUCCUCGAUCGUGUAUGUAAAGAUGUUGGGAAGAUAAAUGAGCGGAGUAUGGUGAAUUCCGAUCGAAAAAGUCAAACGCAUGUGGAUCAGGGAGUUGACCAGGUUUUGUUUCCUCGAUUUGUUGAAAUGCAGAAGCAGCAAUCUAGUUCGUCCGACGACGAAAGCUCGUCCUCGUUUUAGCGGUGUUCGUUUUUUCUCUGUUCUGCCAUGGAAUCUUUACAUUUCACAUUUGCUAAUUAUGUAAUGAAAGAGGAGAAUUGUUAUGUAGAGGAUUUUUGUAAUGGGGGUUUGUAUAACCUUGUAUGUAAUAAUGUAAUAAUAUUUGUUAAGUGACUACUUAUAUAAUAUGAUUUGUCUUAAUUAGCC